AUGCCUUCGGAACAAGGACACCGCCUCUACGUCAAGGGUCGCCACCUGAGCUACCAGCGUUCCAAGCACGCUCUCAACCCCAACACGAGCUUGGUCAAGAUCGAGGGUGUUGAUGACACCAAGUCCGCCAACUUCUACCUUGGCAAGAAGGUCGCUUUCGUCUACCGGGCCAAGCGUGAGGUCCGCGGCUCCAACAUUCGGGUGAUCUGGGGCAAGGUCACCCGCCCGCACGGCAACUCCGGUGUUGUCCGCGCUAAGUUCCGCAACAACCUCCCCCCCAAGUCCUUCGGCGCUACCGUCCGCGUUAUGCUCUACCCCUCCAACAUCUAA